UACUGCUGAAAAACAAUAACCUGCCUAUAAAUAGAGAGAUACCAUCGAAUUAGGGUUUUAGCUUAGGGCUGAGCCUCACUCUCUCCAUCGCAGCAGCAGCAUUCAGGUAAAAGAAGCGAAAAAUGUCGCACAGGAAGUUUGAGCACCCAAGGCACGGUUCCCUCGGUUUCCUGCCGAGGAAGAGGGCUGCUCGCCAUAAGGGAAAGGUGAAGGCUUUCCCCAAGGAUGACCCAACCAAGCCGUGUAGGCUGACCGCCUUCUUGGGAUACAAGGCUGGAAUGACCCACAUUGUCCGAGAUGUGGAGAAACCUGGAUCAAAGCUCCACAAGAAGGAGACAUGUGAGGCUGUUACCAUCAUUGAAACACCUCCCAUGGUUAUUGUUGGAGUUGUUGGGUAUGUCAAGACUCCACGUGGUCUUCGCUGCCUGAACACAGUCUGGGCCCAGCAUCUCAGUGAGGAGAUCAGGAGGAGGUUCUACAAGAACUGGUGCAAGUCCAAGAAGAAGGCCUUCUCUAAGUACUCCAAGAAAUUGGAGACUGAUGAGGGUAAGAAGGACAUCCAGGCACAGCUGGAGAAACUGAAAAAGUACUCUUGUGUCAUCCGUGUUUUGGCUCACACUCAGAUUAGAAAGAUGAAGGGGCUGAAACAAAAGAAGGCACACUUGAUGGAGAUUCAGGUUAAUGGUGGGACCAUUGCUCAGAAGGUAGACUUUGCUUAUGGCUUCUUUGAGAAGCAGGUCCCUGUGGAUGCUGUUUUCCAGAAGGAUGAGAUGCUCGACAUCAUUGGUGUGACCAAGGGUAAGGGGUACGAAGGUGUUGUCACUCGUUGGGGUGUCACCCGUCUUCCCCGCAAAACCCAUAGGGGUCUGCGCAAGGUUGCCUGUAUUGGUGCUUGGCAUCCGGCAAGAGUUUCCUUCACUGUUGCUAGGGCUGGUCAGAACGGGUACCAUCACCGUACUGAAUUGAACAAGAAGGUCUACAAGCUCGGUAAGGCAGGCACUGAAGAGCACACUGCCAGUACUGAGUAUGACAGGACUGAGAAGGAUGUGACUCCUAUGGGUGGCUUCCCUCACUAUGGUGUGGUGAAGGAUGAUUACCUGAUGAUCAAGGGUGGAGUAGUUGGACCCAAGAAGAGGGUUGUAACCCUUCGUCAAUCCCUCCUGAAACAGACUUCUCGUGUUGCGCUGGAAGACAUCAAGCUCAAGUUUAUCGACACCUCAUCCAAGUUUGGACAUGGACGGUUCCAGACAACCUCAGAGAAGCAGAAGUAUUACAACCGGGUCAAGGCCUAAGAAGUAUUUUGGAGGAAUCCAAGUUCUUAGUAUUUCUUUUACUGAGACAGUUUUGCUAGUUGUCUACAUUUGCAACAACUUGUGUUUUAAAAAUUUCUGUUUGCGACAUUUUUGUGAUUUCAAAUCUUUUCAAGUGAUGUUUUGUUUUCGUUUA